GAAACGCAAUCCACGGCUUUUUCGCAACCUCUACAUGAGGUCGAAAGUCCUGAUCGACUCUUCGAUCGAAGCAGAUGUUGUAACCGCCACCUCUGCGAUCAGCGCGUGUGAACGCACAAGUGUAUGGCAAGGUGCUGUUCUGAUGUCACAGAACAUGAUUCAUUGCAGCCUUCCGCCUGACAUUGUUUCUCGUGGUGCGACACUUAGUGCUUGCGAGAAGGGCUGCCAAUGGACCUUGGCAUUCCAGAUUGGAAGCAGCAUUUGCAGCUCUGCGCCCACGAAUUCGCAUGUUCACAACUCUUGUCUGUCUGCUGGUGCACGAGCUACGGAAUGGCAAACUGUGCUUCACAUGAUGCAGGCAUUGCGGCAUAAGCGCGGGCAGCCGGACAUUCUCAGUCAUAGCUCAACCCUGCACGCAUUCGAUGUUGGUUUAAGAUGGCAGAAUGCCUUGCAUGCCUUUUCUCAUAUGCAGACAGAUGGGCCGCAACCAAAUGUUGUGAGUGCUUCCUCGGCGAUAAGCGCAGCAUCCGCCGUCCCAAGGGGUGGAGCAUGGGCUUUGCAAGCAUUGAUGCAACUUGGCACGAGCAGACUUCAGGCAAACACGAUCUGCUGCAAUGCAGCAGUUUCUGCAUGCGCAGCUUCUUCCCUGUGGGAAGAAGGCAUUCACGUGUUCAAAGGCAUGCUAUGCCGUGGACCAACCCCAACCAUGGUGACGCAUGGAGCCCUCAUGGCAGUUGUGGAAGGAGUGGGAAAGUGGCUUGAUGUGCUGCACCUUCUGGCAAGUGGGCAACGGCUCGGCCUUCAGCCGACACUUGUGACAUGCGCAACUUCUCUGGCUGCCUGCCGCUGUGGCCGCUGGGCCUGGACUCGCGCGGUGCAGCUCUUCGGUUCUCAUUUUGCGGGCAAUGGCCCUGGUGGCCGUUGGCCGACGCUUGUUGUUGCCAAUGCCUUUCUGGGAGCUUUGUCCACCUUUAGCCAGUGGCGAACGGUCGCCAAAGUCCUCGAGGACCUGGGCAUGUGGAGGCUUCAGCCAGAUCAUCACACGCUUGCCAGCGCGGCUUCGUCUCCCUCUCGUGUCACAGUUUGGAUGCAGACGGUGAGUCUUUUGCAGAACUUCGGCAUGCAGCCCGACUACUCCAGCUUGGCUUCUGCAACACGCACGUUGGCCCAAGUGCUCAUUGACGGGCUGGAAGACAAAAAAUGCGUCGCGGUGACCGUAGAGAUUGUAGACCAGGCUUCAAGGACACUGAUGGCAGAGGAGCCUACCCGUGAGGCUGCUCUCCUCCAGGAGUCCCGACUCGAUGGCUUCGAGCCAUGGGGUCCUUUUUGCAGGAAGGAGCUCAAGGGAAUGUGGGCUUUGGGAUGGCCAAUUGCUGUAAGUAUGUUCUGCCGGUUCGCAAUGUUCUCCAUGGACUCUGCAUGCGUGGGCCAUCUAAACAGACCAUUAGCCGAGUCGCACUUCUUGUUGAAGUCGGCUGGGGCCAACCCAGAUGCAGAAAUACCUGGCCUUCCAACAGCGACUUACCAUCUUUUGCAGCUUGAAGAUGCCCUUGAGUCGAGCGAGAUGGGCACAGAGGCUGGCACGACACUUCGGGACGACAGCUACUCCCCGAAAGAGUACUUGGCUGCAUCUACUCUCUCAGACAUGAUUACCAAUUUUCUGACGACACCCUUGUUGGCAAUGGCGUUUGGACUGAACCCACUGAUUGCACAGUCAGUAGGGUCCGGCAAUCUCAAGAUGGUUGGAACUUGGUUGAAGUUGAGUUUCUUCUGUGUAACAUUGGGCACCAUUCCUUUCAUCACGGGCUUCUUCUUUGUGGACGAAAUGUUGACCUCCCUACGUUUCGAUCCAGACGUAUGCUAUCUUGCGGGAGUCUACGCCAGGUACAACAGCAUUUGGGUGCUUCCAAACAGCUGGUAUGUGACGAUGCGAAUGUACUUCCAAGCACAGGGCAAGCCACGUCCCGCCAUGUAUUUCGGGUUGGUCUUCCUGUUUGUCAAUGCUCUCUUCUUGUGGCUGUUGGUCUUUGGUGGGCCCGAGAAUGGGCAGUGGUGGCACGUGGGAGGUCUCGGCUUCAUUGGUGCAGCCUUGUCCAUCAGCUGCUCUCGCAUUGUGCAGAGCUUCUUCUACUGGUUGUACAUGUUCGUGAUUACAAAGGCACAUGCGCCGACCUGGCCAGGAAUGGGUUGUGACUUCUUGCAACGCAAAUAUUUGAGACCAUAUUUUGCGCAGGUGCUGCCUCAGGUUGGCACAAUGCUGCUUCAGUUCUUGAUCUCUCAGUCCACAACCCUGUUGGUUGGAAAGCUUGGCAAAUUGCAGGUUUCUUCAAGCAGUGCGGCUGCGCAAGCCACAGUGCCGAUCACCGUGUGUUUGCUCAUCACUUUCUCUUCGAUGACUGCCAUCCGAGUGGGGAUGAAGCUGGGUAAAGGUGCUGGCAAAGCGGCUGCGCAGACAGCGUGGCUUUGUCUUGGCACGCAGGCAGCGCUGACGGCGCUCUUCGCCGCAGUGGCCCUUCCGCUCAGGAAAGAGUUUAUGUCGCUAAUGACAAACGAUCCUCAGAUCAGGCAAUUGGCCUCAGAGCUGCUUGUGCCGAUCACCCUCAAUUUCCUUUUCGCUGGCGCAGUGAGCACCGUGAACGGAGGAAUACUUGCCAGUCAGGGGCGCACCUACCUCAGUGCUGUAAUGGUGAUGUUAUUCGAACUUCCACUCUCCCUCGGAACCACUGCAAUUUUGGUCUUGGCCUUCCAUGUUGAUGUGCAUGUCGUGUAUUGGGUUCAAGCUGGCGUGACUUUUGUUGAAGCCGUGAUCGUGCUUCUGAUCAUAUCCGGCAGCGACUGGGACAAGUAUGCGGAGGAUGCCCGUGCCAGGAACCAAAUGACGCGACAAGCAUCCGGUCAGGACGACAGUACAGAGGUCGAGUCUGCACAAGAUGUGCAGGUGUACAGCUCGGAAUGUGCCAAUGCCGUGGACGGGUUGCCUCCAUCAGAGCCCGUUGAUUUGCAAGCAGGCGACACCUGCGUGAUUUGCCAGCACGAGCUCAGACGAGGUGAUGCUACGAGACCGCUGCCAUGUGGUCACAGCAGCUGGCACGACGACUGCUUCCUGCAAUGGCUGACCGAGCAGCCUUCAUGCCCCAUUUGCCGUGCAAUGGUUGGUGAAGACACUGGAGUGAGUAUCUUCCCGGAAGUGGUGGCCUUGAGCGAACGUGUGGCAGAUUUGCAAUCGCAAGUUGAGGCCCUUCAUCUGCAGUGGCACCUUCAAGCUCUCCAGGCACACCUACUGCAACGGGCUGUCUUGCUAGAGAGUGAAAGACAGAGACUGGAACGACAGCUUCUGCUCAGUUUCGAAGAGCUGGCAUCUUCUGGCCGACAGCUGGCCGAGAUCCAUGGCGAGUUUAUACCCAGGUGGAGAUAUCAACGUUGCAGGCUGCGAUUUGUGUCGGUGCCCCUUCACACCCGACAUACCAGACCUGGGCGGAUCGCCGAAUUGGAGUCAUCAACUCAAUCUUUUGAUCUAGCAAGCUCAUGUGACUCGUCAGCUUGUUCCUCAGGGCCUGACUGUCGAGGUGUUUCACACAGUGCGGAAAUCGGUGAACAAGCUCGGUCCAUACUUGCUCGCCUGCGCAACGCCGUCAUGAGGACUCCUCUGCCUGGGGCGCACGUGUUUCGUGCACUUGCAGGCAGGAAUGGUCGCAUGGGCCCAGUACAAGCUGCACGAGUGCUGCAACAUCUUGAAACUGCAGCAUCUUAUGAAACAUUGGCCAGGGCUUUCAUGGUGCUGGAUGUCGAUGGCAGUGGCUUCAUUGAAGAAUCUGAUUGGAUGAUGGCUUUGCAACUGCCCAGACUGCUCGGAUCUGCGCCCAUUACAUAG